AUGAAUGAUCAAAAUAAUCAACGUGAAGUUCCCUUCAACGAACAACCGGAUACACCUAGUAUUCCUAAUGAAGCUUACUCUGGUAAUGAUAAUUUUCGCUCAAGUAUUCCGAUAAAUAUCAUCUACAACACACCUCACCAGAAUACAAAUGGUGAUAAUUUGAACAACAAUUUGCUUUUUAUAGCUGUUCAGCUUCUAACAACAGCGACGGCAACAGCAGCAACAGUUUCAAAAGAGGCAGCGAUAGCAUUACUAAUAAUUAACUUAGUAGCUUAA